UGGAGUGAGAGGAAAAGAGAGAGGAAAAUUUAUAUUUGGAAAAAUUUCUCCAAGAAUAAAAGGAAUAAUUUUUAUAAAAAAAUCUAGCUGACAACGACCUCGAAGCCUCACGCUAAUGGCUUCGUUUGCCUUCCUCAUCCGAUCUCCAGUUCAUCGGAAUCGCUUGGCCGAUCGAGGAUGCCUGCAUUAGGGUUAGGGUUGGAAGGGGAUACGUUCGCAGCGGCGCAGAAGCGGCAGACAAGGAGGUUAUCGUGACGGCGACGGCGGAACAAGGUCGGAGCGGCGAUGGAGGCGGCAUUUUUUCUUCCACUCCCGGAAGCGUUGCUGAUCCUUGUUCCUACGGAUCCGGCGACGUUGCUGUAAUGUUUUUUAAUCUAUAGUUCCUUCUCUUUCUCUAUUUGGUAUCACCCUUUCCGGAAUCCAAAAUGUUGGCUAUUUUUCUCGUUAGAAUUUCGGACAUGGAAACAUGGAUUAAAAUAGUGAGCACCAUGCGAAACAAGGUUUUGCAGUUUUACUGUUCCCAUAGAGAUUGCGAAGACUCUGAAGAGUGAUUUAAGGCCAGUAUGAACCUUCUCUGAGAGAGUUUUGCAUGUGUUUUCCUAGUAAUUUGCUCUAUGGAAUUCUUCCAUGUCGUAUUGUCGGUCAUUCUUUAAUGUAAAGGAGUCAACAGAUCUGAGGUCUGGCUAAAUCUGCUAUGAAAAUCAUGUGGCCGAAGUACAAUAAUGCAAGCAAAUCGGAUCCGAUGAGAAAAGGCAUAGGAAAAAAGAAGAACAAAAAGAAAGAACUUUUUUUUUGUCAAAGAGAUGAUGCCCUUUUUGCUCUUCCUUCUUCAUGCCGGUCUCAGUUUAUGUAGCGCGUGUAACCGCAUGAUUUGCCUUCCUUCUGUUUGAAUGGAGACGCUUCGACCUUUUCUGUGAUUGCUGCAGCAGCCUUUGGCGUUACGUGAGCACGCCGGUGGUGGCCCUCCUGCUGAUCCCGGUCCAGAGAGCAGGGCUUCCUAUUUGCCUGUUCGCCUAGCUCCCGCCCAAGGCCACUGCCCGUCGACCACCUACUAAUCGCUCCAAAGCUUUACUCGGGUAUCGCAUUUCACCAGAUGAUUUUGUAGAAAGAGAAGGGAAAAUAGACGAAGAAAGAGAAAAACGAGGAGUUAGGAAAGCCAUCAUCUUCACAUCCAUCAGCGCACAUAUUUUUCUCACGCUCUCCAAGACGUAGCGGUACAGAUCUGAAGCCGCUGCUUUGCCCAGUAGAAAGCCGCGGCGGAGGUAGUCCGUCUCGCUCGAUUUCGGCGGGCAGAGAGCCGAUGCUCUGGCCUCUGGCCCCCACUAGCGGCGUAGCAGCAGAGAUGAAGAAGAGCUCCGCCGCCUCGUCUCGGAGCAGAUCGGGCACGUUCACAAGCCCCGGAACGCCCACCUACCGGCACGGCGCUGGGGCGGCAGCGUAUCAGAAGGGGUGGUGUUCAGAGCGAGUGCCUCUGCCGGCGCAUAACAACCGGAGGUAUGGUGGCGGCGGCGUCCUCUUGCAGUUUGCUAAUGGAAGGGCUUUACCCUCCAAAUGGGAGGAUGCAGAGAGAUGGAUUUUUAGUCCCGUCUCAGGUGAUGGAGUUGGAAGGCCGUUUGUUCAAUCGCAUCACCGGCGUCCCAAGUCAAAGAGUGGACCGCUUGGUCCUCCGGCGGGGCUUGGACUAAGAGGCAGCAACUAUUCAUUGGCUUCGCCGCUAGUACCUUGUUUUGACAGUGGCAGGGUUGGGAAUUUUGCGGCGAACUCGCCGUUCCUAGCUGGAGUUCUUAUUCCAGAACGGGGGUUUUCUGGCAAUGGUGGUAGAGGAAGAGGAAACUGCAGAGGAGGAAUAGGACUAGUUGGUGGUGCUAUGGAAGGGGAUGGAAAAGCUAAUUCUACCACUGGGGAGCCUUCCAUGUUCCGAUCUGCUAGUGUCCAUGGUUGGUCAGAUAAUCUUAUCGAGUCAUCGUCCUCCAUUCCCAGUUCUCAGGAUGGCAAGUUUGACUGUAGCAGAGAAGCAGCAUCUAUGAUCUCCUCUUCAAUUUUAAGGAAGGAUGUUGCAACUCAGAUGAGCACAGAUGGAAGCACUUCCUCCUCUCCCAGAGAAAAACCUUCUUCCCCCUCCUCUGCCUCAGCUUCUGCAAUUGAGGAGCUAGCUAGCCACUUUUCAAAGCUUGAGGUCAGGGAUGUGCAGGUAGAUGACAGUGUUACUGUAACCAGGUGGUCCAGGAAACACACAGCACAAGACUCCAACAGGCAGUCACCAAGAAUCAUAAGGUGGAAGAAAACUGAGGGAAAAACUUGUGCUUGGGAUGUUAGCAAGACGGCAAAUUCUAUUUCAGAGAAAAAGAGAGAGGAGGCCAAGAUCACUGCAUGGGAAAACCUGCAAAAGGCAAAAGCUGAGGCAGAGAUCAGAAAACUAGAGAUGAAGCUAGAAAAGAAAAGAUCUUCCUCGAUGGAGAAAAUUUUGAAUAAGCUUAGAUUGGCACAGAGUAAAGCUCAGGAGAUGAGAAGUGAUGUGGCUGCAUUUCAAGAAAACCAGGUUAUGAGAAAUAAAAAGGCUUCACACUUCCGCAAGAACGGCCAGAUCGGUUCUUUCAGUGGAUGCUUCACGUGCCAUGCCUUCUAGUUCUCGAUGGUUUCAACCACACAUUUUUGUAAAACAAAAGCAGUGUGUAGUAUUUGCUGUCUUCCUGCCUGAGAUGGAGACCUAAAGUGUCAUAUUUGAUGCUUUACUCAAGAAACUUCAAUCUAUCCAGUAAUUGGCUAGUUUCUGAAAAAAACCAUCACUGGCAAAUGCUCAAGCGACAGGACGGUUUGAUCAAAACUAGUUCACUAUCUUCUGUAAUUUCAAAUAAUGGUAUAACGGGGAUUCAAGAGAUGAGAGAGCUAUCAUUCACAUGCACUACCAUUUUUGUCUGAGCACGAGGAAAAUGCUUGAUACAUCCAAGUUCUUGUCAUCCAAAGCCUUAACAUUAAUGAUCAUCGUCAUUGAGUUGUUAAUCCCUACUCUGUCUUUGGAGUAAGUUGCUUAAAAUUUUCUUCAUAGUAAUUCUACAACCAGGAUGACUGUGAACUGGCAUUUGGUUUGGUACUAUGGAUGAACGGCAACUAUCAUGCGAUAACUAAGAAUUCAAAUGUGUUUUCAUUGACAA